UUAACCCAGUCUCUCAGCCCAUUGUUUGCAUGGCCAUGGAUACCCACCAAGCUUCAACUCCAACCACCACUACCAUUUUGAUGUUUCCAUGGCUUGGCUAUGGCCAUCUCUCUCCUUACUUGGAGCUCGCCAAAGCUCUCUCUACAAGGAAAAACUUCCUCAUCUAUUUCUGCUCAACUCCUGUUAAUCUCGACUCCAUUAAACCAAAGCUAAUUCCUUCUCCUUCCAUUCAACUUGUGGAGCUUCAUCUCCCUUCUUCUCCUGACCUUCCUCCCCAUCUUCACACAACCAACGCCCUCCCUCCUCACCUUACGCCCGUCCUUUACCAAGCCUUCGCUGCCGCCGCCCCUCUUUUGAGACAAUUUAAAACACUUUCUCCACAUCUCCUCAUUUAUGACUGUUUCCAGCCUUGGGCUCCUCGCUUAGCUUCCUCCCUUAACAUACCCGCCAUCCAUUUCAACACCUCCAGCGCUGCCAUCAUUUCCUUUAGCUUUCACGCAACUCAUCGCCCCGGUUCUAAAUUCCCAUUCUCAGAUUUUGUACUUCACAAUCAUUGGAAAUCCAAGGUCGACUCUAACCCUUCAGAACAGAUCCGUAUAGUCACAGAAUCUUUUUUCGAAUGCCUUAAUAAAUCUCGCGAUGUAAUUCUUAUUAAUAGCUUCAAAGAGGUGGAGGGAGAACACAUGGAUUAUAUCUUCCUUUUAUCAAAAAAGAAAGUAAUCCCAGUUGGGCCAUUGGUGUACGAACCAAGUGAGAAUGAUGAAGAAGAUGAAGAUUAUUCAAGAAUUAAGAAUUGGCUGGACAAAAAGGAAGCUCUGUCAACGGUUCUAGCGUCAAUGGGAAGCGAAAGCUACGCAUCGGAGGAAGAAAAGGAAGAAAUAGUACAAGGGUUAGUAGAAAGUGAGGCGAAUUUCAUAUGGGUUGAACGGAUUAAUAAAAAAGGAGAUGAAGAACAACAAAUCAGGAGAAGGGAAUUGCUGGAGAAGAGUGGAGAAAGAGCAAUGGUAGUGGAAGGAUGGGCUCCGCAGGGGAAGAUACAGAAGCAUGGAAGCAGGGGAUUUGUAAGCCAUUGUGGAUGGAACUCUGUUUUGGAAAGUAUUGUGUCUGGGGUUCCCAUAAUUGGAGUUCCGGUGUUCGGAGAUCAACCGAUUAACGCCGGAGUAGUGGAAGAAGCAGGGAUCGGAGUAGAGGCUAAACGAGAUCCUGACGGAAAAAUUCAAAGAAAAGAAAUUGCAAGACUGAUCAAAGAAGUAGUGAUUGAGAAAAGCAGAGAAGAAUUAAGGAUGAAAGUAAGAGAGAUGAGUGAGGUUGUGAAGAGAAAAGGCGAUGAGAAGAUUGAGGAGUUGCUAACUCAAAUCUCUCGCUUCUUUAACAUUUCAUAAACAUCCCGUUUAUAUAUUAUAAUCAUCCAAAUUUUAGCGCAAAUAGUUUUCUUCAGGAAUUUUUAAUAUGAGUAGAUUUUACACAA